AUGUCUUUUUUCCCAAAAAUCUCUUUCCAACGUGAAGUUGAAGAGUAUCUCACCAAAGUUUUCAGAAAUAAUGAGCUUGUUGCUGCUUUAGGUACACAGGAGGUGGAGAGUAAAUAUCAGUCACUGUUAAGUCAUCUAUCUCAUCCACCAGCUUUCACAAGUGUUAGAGUUAAUACCCGCUUGGCCUCGGUGAAACAUGUGAAAAAAUUGCUGUUUGAAGAGAUCCAGAAGCAAUUCAAAGGACUAUGUGUUCCAGUUCUUGAGCACCCAAAACUCCAGGACAUCUUAUUAAUUCCUGUCAUUGGACCCAGGCGAGAUUUAAAAAAACAUGCAUCUGAAGUCAUUGUUGGAGCCCCUUGUGGAUAUGCAGUACUUCGAGGAGCACAUGUUUAUGUCCCUGGCAUCACAUCUACCUCAAAAUUUAUGAAAGCUGGAGAUCUAGUCUCAGUGUAUUCAGAUAUUGAAGGGAAAUGUAAAAGAGGAGCCAAAGAAUUUGAAGGAGUCAAAGUUUUCCUUGGAAAUGGGAUUGCAGAACUGAGUCGCAGUGAAAUCUUCAGUUCAAGUGGCCCAUUGAAUGGAAUGGGUGUAAGAAUGAUAGAACCAGUCUACCUUAGUCCUUCCUUUGACAGUGUGCUCCCUAAUCAUUUGUUUUUACAGAACUUGCCUUCUGUGGUUGUGAGCCAUAUUUUGAAUCCUCAACCAGGAGAGAGAAUUUUGGAUAUGUGUGCUGCACCUGGAGGAAAAACAACCCAUAUUGCAACAUUAAUGCAUGACCAGGGUGAAGUAAUAGCCAUGGACAAGAUAGCUAAUAAGGUCAAAAAAAUUAAGCAGAAUGCUGAAUUGCUACAGCUGAAUUGCAUUAAGAUAUUUUGCUACGAUGGAACAAAGGCACUUUCAGUUGAGAAGAGAGAGGAUGAACAAGGACCUCCAUUCUUACCAGAGUCGUUUGAUCGAAUUCUUCUCGAUGCUCCAUGUAGUGGGAUGGGACAGAGACCAAACAUGGCUUAUUCCUCAACUUUAAAGGAAGUGACCUCUUACCAGCCACUGCAGCGCAAGCUUUUCACGGUGGCAGUGAAAUUGCUGAAGCCUGGAGGUGUUUUAGUAUAUAGUACAUGUACAAUCACACUCUCUGAAAAUGAGGAGCAAGUUGCUUGGGCCCUGAAAACUUUUCCAUGUCUCCAGCUUCAGCCACAGGAACCUCAUAUCGGAGGUGAAGGCAUGAGAGGAGCUGGACUGUCACUUGAUCAGUUGAAACUGCUGCAGAGAUUUGACCCAUCUACUGUGACAUUGCAAGGAAUGGAUAUUGAUUCUUUACAAGAUUCCAGGGAAGAUGAUCUAAUUUCACUGGCAAAUAAGGACUGUAUAGGAUUUUUUAUUGCAAAAUUUAUUAAACUGAACAGUAAAUAAGCAUUUAGGAAUGCAACCUGAAAAAAUACAUCUGUGAGCCCAAGAACAGCUCAGAUGUGAAGUGUGUUUUUUCCUGCUGCUAUGUUGCCAAGCCAACGGGCUGACGGCAGGGUUGCUAUGGCAGCAAUAAAAUCUGCCAGCUGUUCUGCUGGGAAGGAGCCACAGGUUGCAGAAAGAAAGUCAUGGUUGGGGGAAGGGCAGUAUCAUUUUUAAGUCUCCAUUUGCUUUUGUAUUUACAGCAGGUCAGUGCACAAAUUAUAAGUCCGUCCACUCAUAUGCUGCCUGUUUUAUCUCAUGUGAUUCACUUACCUAGUGUAGCAAGAGUAGGGACAG